GCCGGCUGUAAGAAUGGAAUGCUUCUCGGUCAGGCGAAGCAACUUUGUCCUGAUCUGCAUACGGUUCCCUAUGAUUUUGAGGCCUACAAAGCGGUAUCAGAAACGUUGUACACCAUUGUAACCAGGUUUACAUUGGCUGUUGAGGCUGUUAGCUGUGAUGAACUUUACGCGGACUGUACCGAACUACUUACAUUACCCAACGAAACCUGUUCCCAGCCCAAGCUUCGUGACGGUUAUUGGUAUUUCGAAUGGGAUUUAAUCAAUCCCUUGGUCCUGGGUUCACAUCUUCGUGAGCUAGUUCGCGAUCAAACCGGGGGUUGUACUGCUUCAAUUGGAUUCGGAACAACUCGUCUCUUGGCUCGUCUGGCCACUAAACGUGCCAAACCGGAUGGUCAAUGGUUUAUCCUUGGCGCGUCUGGAGGUGGAAGCAACCGGCCUCAUUUGAAUUCACUCAUGCAUAGUGCCUGUCCACCAUGGGAAUGGCGUCACCAGUCGGAUUUUAUGGAUGGUACGGAUCCCGCGUCUGCUACGUGUGAAUUAACCGGAGAUGAUGCUCAUUGGUUUUUCAACCUUCCCAUUGGUGAACUCCCUGGUAUCGGCUAUGUGCUGGUCGAACGCCUGGAGGCCGCUUUCAAGGUUCACACAUGUGGUGAGGUUAUCCAGUCUGUGACACGAGCUCAACUUGUUCGUCUGCUUGGCGCAAAGACUGGCGCACGCAUUCAUAACCUUUGUCAUGGCCGAGUGAGUUGUUCUUCGGAUUGCGCGUAG